CACUAACAAGCCAUCCUACAAAGUCAAAAGAAGCUAACUCUAACUGAGACAACAACAGGGUUUUACGUGUCACUCUAUGGACAACCCAGUUGGCAGCCCGAAAACUUCCAUAAAUUCUGUACAAUGAGAAAAAAACUCAAGAAUAAUAAGACAAUCUCACAGGGGGCCUUUAAUGAAAUCCUCCACCACACCAAGAUUGAGCUUACGGACGACCACUUCUACAUCUCCUUCGAUGAUCACUCGAGACAAACUUCUGGGAGAUGCAAGAGAAAUUGCAUCCGUAGCUGCAAGGAGUUUUACGAGAUAUGGAUCAGAGAUUCCCUGAUGUUGGACACCCGAGGCGAGCUGCACAUGCCUGUCCGAGCCACGAACCACAAGGCAGACAAGCGUCCAGAAGCUUGGACGAUAUCAUCAAAAUUGGUCUUCAGAUAAUCUUGAGCAUGGCUUUCCCAAAGAUGGCUAGAAGAAGCAGGAAAACAACUUACAGAAGAGAUGAGGCAAGCGGCAAGGAGGUGAGCACUUCAUGUACCCGAGACGAGAAUUGGCAGGCAAGUGAACGGACAUGGGACUACCUAUUUUCAAAUACCACUUUAUUUCUUGAUUCUCAUAUUCUCCACAAGAGGCAUACUACUUGGAGAAUAAGGGUUUGGGAUUGCUUCAUUAGCAUAACUUGACGCCGUCACACACCCGAUUUCAUAGUCGGGGCCUAAACUAGCAUGCUACUUAAAAAGGUUGUCAUAUGUCACUCUUGAAAGGUUGACCUUAACUUUUCAAAAUUUACAUAAUGGUCCAAGACUUGGAUAUUAUUUGGAUUUAUGGAUCGAUCCACCAAUUCAUGAAUCCAAAAAUCCAUUGAAUCCAAUCCAUUUGAUCCAUUAAUCCACUAAUCCAUUGAAUCUAAUCCAAUUGAUCCACUAAUCCAAUCCACCAAUCCAUGAAUCCAAAAAUCCAUUGAAUCCAAUUCAUUUGAUCCAUUAAUCCACCAAUCCAUUGAAUCUAAUCCAAUCCAUGGAUCCACUAAUCCAAUCCACCAAUCAAUGAGUUCAAUCCAUUUGCCACCUCUAGUUGCACCUCUUCCUCUCUCAGCGUGAAUGUUCCUCUUUCGCCGAGGGAGGGAGCAACUUUGAGAGACUUCAUGCAUUUCAGACAGUGGCGGAGGGAGGUGGAAGGGAAUGGAGUCCUAGGACCCCAUUUGGAUAAAUUAAAAUAGUUAUAUGUAAGUACAUACUUGUUUAAUUUGGGUAGAUUUAGAAUUCCGGGCCCCAUUCAUAUGGAAUUUUAUUGUCUUGGUAUUAUGAAACACACAAAUAAAUUAGACUAUACUGGUCAUACAUCAUUGAAAAUCCCCAAUUUUAUAGUCCUUAUUCUAAAAAUUUCUAAUUCUACUAAACAUGUGUACAAAAACCUCCAACUAUAUCUAAAAAGCUCUUAGUUCAACAAACUUUUCCUAUCAAUAUACAAUUUCUUUAUCAUCAAAUGUGUUUUUAUAAAACGUUUGUAUGUAUUAGAUUUUGCUUGGAAACUAUUUAUCUUAGCUAGUUAUUGAAAUGUCACUUUUCAAUUAUGAGUUACACAAAAUGUAAGGUGCGAAUCUAAUAACUAACUAGUUUUGUGUCCGCCCGAUGGGCGACAGGUUUGAAUAAAUUUUUGUUGUUAUUUUUUAAUAGCAAUUAGUUACUGCUUCUCUUUCUAUAUAUUUAUUAAUAUUUUAUUAUUCAAACUUUGUUUGAUAUAUAAUAGGACUACCAUAAUAUUUUUUAGUGUGGCAAGGAGUAACGAUCAUGUAAAAUAAUAAUAGUCAUAGCUUCAUCACUAUUUUGAAAACCGUAUUCACGAUUGGCCAACAGUUUUCAACAUCAUAUGGUAUUCAUAACUUUUCAUUGAUUUCGUGUAUCCAUACGUUUGAUCUCAACUUGUUUCUCCUUUGAUGAAUGUAUAAAUCAACUAACUUAGAAGUUGAACUUGCUGGUGGUAGUAGACUACUCAAUAAAUUCUAAAAUUUUCUACUAAUUGAUACAUAUAACUACUCUUGCCCAUCAUUCUAAUAAUGAUCCAUCUUGUCACUAGUAUAAUUAAAGUCAAAAGAUAUGAUUGUAGAUUCUUAUGUACUCUCAAAAUUAUUUUACAACUUCAAUAUCUCACACUAACGAAACCAUUAGGAAUUGAUGAGAAGUGACCUAUCUUGUCACUAAUGGAAUUAAACUCUACGAUACCAUUAUAGAUUAUUAUGUACACUUGAACCUUACCCUUUUAUCAUAUGGAGUUGUUUUUCAACUCAAUUCUAUGUUUGAUGAAUGUACAAAUCAACAAACUUAGUUGUUGAAUCUUCUGGUGGUAAUUUCUCUAUUAAUGAUAAAAUUUAUUCCUGAAUUGAAAAUACGCAUAACUCACGUCCAUUAUUCAAACUAUAAUAGUACAUAAAUAUGUUGUAUCAUUGGUGUUUUAGUAUAUGAAAAUGUUAUUGUCUUAUUUCUAUUUUUUUUGUUUGAAAUGAACAUGACAUGAAAAG